CACCCAGGUAAGAAGAGGCCGCUCUUCCUGGGUUUGGGGUCCUUUCUCGGCGUUACUUGCGGCCUUUGAUAUUCAGCCCUCCUCUAGCAGCGUAGGCUGCAUGAGGGGGGUGCGGGCCCCCGCAGUCCUGCUCGGCGGAGGGGUCUCUCUCUCGGCUUCAGGGGCCUUUUCCUCCGGGGUGCAUAAGAGGGAGGGCAAAAGCCGAGUGUCUAUCCAAGCGAAGGAUUUCCGGGAAGCAGUUGCCUGGGGUAUUUGUGGGGAGACACCAAAUUCACUGCCUGCCCCCAGGCUGCUCUGCUCCUGUCUCUUCUUUGGAUGCCGGCGCUGCUCUCUGUGGCCUCCCGCCUUUUGUUGCUACCCCGAGCCCUGCUGUCAAUGGCUUCAGGAAGCCCCCCUCCCCAGCCCUCGCCGGCCUCUGACUCCGGCUAUGAUCCUGGUUCGGUCUCUGCAGCCUUUGUCACCUGCCCCAAUGAGAAGGUCGCCAAGGAGAUCGCCAGGGCAGUGGUGGAGAAGCGCCUGGCAGCCUGUGUCAACCUCAUCCCUCAGAUCACAUCCAUCUAUGAGUGGAAAGGAAAGAUUGAAGAAGACAGUGAGGUGCUGAUGAUGAUUAAAACCCGAAGUUCCCUGGUUCCAGCUUUGACAGAUUUUGUUCGCUCUGUGCAUCCUUACGAAGUGGCUGAGGUGAUUGCAUUGCCUGUGGAGCAGGGAAACUCCCCAUACCUGCAUUGGGUGCACCAGGUUACAGAGUCAGUUUUUAACUCCAACACAGCUCUACCGUGAUCAGCCCUGCCCCUGCCAUGUUUUCCUCAUAUACUUCCAUGCUCUGACUUCCAGAGGAUGACUGGGCUUCUAAUAAAUCCUGUCUUUGGUUC